AUGGCACUGACUGAAAACUGUCGGAUUUAUCAGGCUCCCAAAGACAGCGGCUCGAACCAAACUUCUGAUGUGAUCGAGCUGAAUGUGGGUGGACAGGUGUACUACACCCGGCGCGCCACCCUCACCAGCAUGCCCAACUCUCUACUGGCCAAAAUGUUUGCACCCAGAAAGGACACAUCAGCCGACAUGGCCCGAGACACGAAAGGACGAUGCUUCAUUGACAGGGAUGGAUUUUUGUUUCGAUACGUCCUGGACUACUUACGAGACAAACACGUCGUCCUUCCAGAUCACUUCCCGGAAAGAGGGCGGCUCAAGCGCGAGGCUGAGUACUUCCAGCUUCCAGAGCUGGUCAAGAUCCUCACCCCUGAUGACCUUAAAAGAUCCAUGAUGAAUCAUGAUGAAUUCCCGCCGUACAGUGAUCUAGAUGAUGUGUCUCAAAGCAGCGAUCAGAGGUCGUACCCGUCCUCCCACAGGCGCUACGGGUUCAUCACGGUCACAUCCGCGCGCGACACCUGCGUCUCAGACACCAAAGGCACCAGGGUGCCCAAACUUUUCGUCUGCGGAAGGGUCGCCCUGGCUAAAGAGGUCUUCGGAGAGGCGUUGAGGGAAAGCAGGGAUCCUCCUGAGAGGCCUCCUGAGCGCUACACGUCCCGGUUCGUCCUGGCGUUCGGGCACGCGGAGAGGGCGUUCGACCUGCUUGCGGAGGGCGGCUUCCGGCUGGUGGCGUGCAGCUCGGCGCUCACCUCUGCCCUUUACGCAUCGCAUACGGACGACAGGCAGUGGUGCAAGUGCACAGAGUACGUCUUCUACCGUGGGCCAUCUGCUUGGUCGUCCUCUCAUUGCGAGUGCUGCUGCAAGAGCCAGAAGAGUGAGAGGGAGGGUGAGAGUGGCACGUCCUUCAACGAACUCUCCACUUCCUGCUCCGAGACCCAAUCAGAGGCCAGCUCCCCCCAGGAGACAGUGAUCGCCCGUCCUGUCUCCCAGCAACACCACCACAUCCAGACUCUGGAGCGUACCAUGAAGAAAGGACCGGCUCAGGCGAUGCAGACGGAGACACGUCGGAGGACGGAGCUUUUGCGCACUCGCACCACAGGUCCUCGCGACCUCAUGACCCCGUCUAAGAGGAAACCUGCUAAGGAGAAGCUAACGCCAGAGCAGGAGCUGCAGAAAUGCAUCCAGGACUUCCGACGCAUCCGGAUUCCUGAGCGCUUUCCGGACAGGAAGAACACGUGGCAGUCGGAUCUCCUGAGGAAGUAUCGCCUGUGA